GUUCGACAGACAGUGUCAGCAGAGCCAUUAAAGUUGUUCUGCUGCCACCUAUCAUUUUUUGCUCGAAAAGAUUAAAUAGGGAAACCAAAGAGACUGUCAUCGUUCUGUGAUACCUGGACGCUGCGCGUCUGCCUUGGAGUAUCAAAAGGGCACAGGCAAUAACCUCUGCAGUGCCAAUAUGCUGUUGAAUGAAUGAAAGCAACAGUGCAGCUUCUUGGUGCUGUCACUCUAUACUACUCCACGGUCAGGGUCAAAGUGCGGCCACAAUCGUGAAUGAUUCAUCAGUAUUUGAGCGGCACGAGUGACGAUGGGUCAGAGCAGCAGUGUGCCGCUGGGCGGAAGGAAUAAAUCUUUCCGCAGCAGCUGGCGGUCACCUUUUCCCCAUCGCAAUCGGGCUUGCAAAGGAAAUCUCUCUGCAACAUUCAACGUCUUAGAUGUUGACACUAAGAUUGACCAAUUGAAUGUAAAUUUGGCAAGUGAAGAAGAACUUAUGACACUUCCUGAUAUUUCCCGUGCUGAUGCUCACAAUAUUGUUGAAUACAGACAGCGGCUGGGUCGCUUUAAGAAAGUUGAAGACCUAGCUCUUGUAUCAGGAAUUGGUGCGGAUAAACUAGCUCUCAUCAGACCAGAAAUAUGUGUAGCACCUAGACGUUCUCCUAGCUGUGCCUCUUCAAGAGCUCAAUCUACAGACAGCAUUCAUAGUGUGGAUUCAAAGCCACUACCCCGACCAGUGCCUCUUCUGAAUAUCAAUACAGCUACUGUCUUUGAGCUACAAGCUAUACCAGGGUUUACCCAAGAAAUAGCUGCAAACGUGAUUGACUAUAGAGAUACCCAUGGAAAUUUUUCCACGUUAGAUCACCUUACCAAAGUUAAGGGUAUUAAUCACAUCAGAUUAGGAGCUGUUCGAGCAAGACUUACAGCUUGCUCAGAGAAUGCGGCUGUACCAGUCCGCAAUGGCUAUGCAUCCAGCUUCAAUGUGGUUCAUGGAACACCUAAAAGUUCACCAAAGCUGACAGCUAGCCAUUCUUCUCAGCCAAUUGCCAAUGGAAAAAUUUCAGGUCAUCGCAAAACCAUGUCAGUUCCUGUCAAAUUAGGACCAACAAGUAAUGGUUUGGCUGUCCGUGACAUUUUGGAUGUGCUCUCUGCAUGCUCGCCAAGGCCCAUUGUUGAGGACCAUUUUGACGGAAAAAGAAAAGGCAGACCUGCAAUUAGAAUGGCUACAUGGAACCUUAGUGGGUUGUCCCUCGAAAAGGCAGAGAAUCCUGGUGUCAAAGAGGUCAUCUGCCGAACUAUAUUGGAGAAUAGGUUUUCUCUGGUGGCACUGCAAGAUGUUCUCCGGGUUGAAGCUCUUGAAAAGAUUUGCAAUGAGUUAAAUUUUCCUUGUCUGAGGCGGAUCAAAGAUUGGAAAGAAAAUUCACGCAGAUGGCACCAUCAGAGCUGUAAAGGUCUUGGAUUUCUGUGGGAUGCAAAUGAUGGAGUAGCACUAUCUGCAAUUAACAUGAUAAAGCUUCUGGAUUCUGAUGACUUAGAAGUUCUUCAUGCUGAUUUUAUGGUUGGGAAUCAUCGAAUCUCUUUGGUAAAUAUUCAUUUCCAGGAGCCGAUCUCAAAUGAAAGUCAAAAUGAAAUUCUUUCAGCUGUUCAAAAGCAACUAACUAAAGACCAAAAUGACAAGCAAAUAAUUGUUGGUGACUUUUCAUUCCCCCUUAAAAACACUGAAGACUGUGCAUUAUCGGUUGAAUUUGAUGCUGUUCUGCCACCAAGUGUCGUCACCAACAGUAUUGCACUUAACCAUCACAGUGGUGAAAAUCCUUUUAAUGAUAACAUAUAUUUGAAUAAAACAAUCCAAAAACAAUUUACAGAUAUGAGUGGCGUGGUCCGUCAAGGUCUUACACAUCUUGCUAUUCCAUAUAGUUGGUCAUGGGGUGGCCCAGCAAGUGAACAUUGUCCAGUCUGGUGUGAACUGUAUGUCGAGAAGAUGCCUUUAUCAACUAGCCCAACAAAACAAGGGUAAAAUGCUUCUCUAGAGGAAAGAUUAAAAAAAUAAAAAAAUAGAAUUUUUAUGUGGAACCAACAUGAAAUGUAUUUUUGAGUCGAAUGAACUGUUUCAAUAACUUAUUGUGUUGUUGUUCAAACAUCAUAAAUAAAUUUAAUUCUAUGUUAAAAUAUUUAUUCUUAAUGUGACUGUAACUUUUUAAUUUUAACCAGACAAAUUAUUUUGUACUUGAAUCUUACUAUUAAAUUCCACAAUGCUGUGAUCUUCAGUGCGUUUUGGCUCCUUAUCAGAGCCCCUGGAAAACACAUGUCACUCGUGUGUUCAUCUAAUUCCUUGCUUUGUACCUUUGUAAGUGCUCACUGAUGUAAUGUUAAUAUGAAUAGUGAUCAUUUACCUUGUAUUUAAGAAUGCAAUCAGGCAUUGCAAUUAUUUUACGUUGUACUUUUUCAUUGUAUGUGAUAAGUGUUGCCUAAUAUGAAUAUGUAUAAUGAGCUGAAAGCAUUGCCUUUAAUUUGCUGGCUUUAGUUGUACCUACACAGCAAAGGGCUCACAGUUCUUGAUUCAUACCUUCUAGCAUAUCUAAUGUCACUAGGUACAUUAUUAUUUACUAUGACAGGUGAUUCUCAGGCACUUUAUUUGAUUUUCUGUUAUCAAUUUCACCUUUUGCUCAAUUCUCCAACCUCUCAACGAUUUCAAUGAGGGCUUUUUAUUUUUAAGGGCUAGCAGCUAUGUACUGUGAACGUAAUAGUUAGUCAUUUUAUGUCAAAUGUACUUUGUGAAAAAUACUUUUUGUUAUAAUUUCAUGUUAUUGUUUUUGUUUACAUUUCUUAGAGUUUAGCGACAACCAUUCAAUAGAUUAGAUCAAGUGCAUAUUCUGCCACUGUAUUUCAUUCAUUGUUUUUCUAUGACCAUGUUGGUCAAAAUUACUGCAUAAAAUUCAUAUCAUUCACUAGCAAAUGAAUUUCAUGUUAUGUUUGCUUAUGAAUUUAGUUAACUAUGUCUUCCCUGCAUUGAAAAUCAAAAUGCAUUAAUUUGUCAAUGCAGAACUGCAUGGAAAUAUUUUCUUGCUGAUAAAUUUAACAUGAUAAACUUUGUUUUGAGGUGGUUUGGUGUUUGAAAGUUAAUCAACACGCAUGUUUAAUGAUUGUGCUCAAUCUCAAAUUAUCAAGAACGCAGUACAUUUAAAAACAAAACCAAUGUUUUGUGUAAGUCUCUUCAGUUACCACAGACCUUGUCUCUAAGUCAUAAAAGAUUAACUUAGAUACAUAGAUUAAAGGGCAAUACACUUCAA